AUUUGACGUUUGUGUGACGUUUAAAAUUCAUAUCAAAAGUUUCGUGAAAUUCUUUUUUGUUCGAGUUGACUGACCAGAGUCCUCGAAUCCGCAUUUAACUUGCCUGUGAAAGUAUUAAAACUGUGUCGUGAGUCAUCUUUGCAAGGGGCGUUGUUCCAUUUACUACUUGAGAGAUAAGAAAUUUUCCAUAAAUCUUCAAUUUCGGAGGAAAAAUGAGCGAAACUCAUACUUUUGGUUCGAAUGUCAAUCCCAUUUCGUGUCAUGCUUGGAAUGCGGACCGUACUCAACUCGCUGUUUCCUUCAACAAUCAAGAAGUUAACAUCUUCCAACGCGACGGUUCGGACUGGAAGUUGCUUGAUGUCCUAAACCAGCACGAUUUGCGUAUCAUGGGCAUCGAUUGGGCUCCAAAAACGAACCGUAUCGUCACCUGCGCCGUCGAUCGUAACGCCUACGUAUGGACUCAAGACGACAACAAGAAAUGGAAACCAACUUUGGUGCUUUUGCGCAUCAAUCGUGCCGCAACUUGCGUUAAAUGGUCCCCGUUGGAGAAUAAAUUCGCCGUUGGCUCGGGUGCGCGUCUCAUUUCCGUGUGUUAUUUCGAGCAAGACAACAAUUGGUGGGUCUCGAAGCACAUCAAGAAGCCCAUUCGCUCUACGGUGACGUCUUUGGACUGGCAUCCGAACAACGUUUUGCUCGUUGCGGGCAGCACCGACUACAAAGUUCGCGUUUUUUCCGCUUACAUCAAGGAAAUUGAGCAACAACCGACUCGUACGCCAUGGGGCGCGAAAAUGCCACUCGGACAAAUGAUGGCAGAGUUCAAAAACUCCCCUACCGGAGGCGGUUGGAUUCAUGGCGUGUCAUUUUCCGCCGACGGCAAUAAAGUUUGCUGGGUUGGACACGAUUCGGCGAUCAAUUUGGCGGAAGCGACGCCUAAUGGGCCCGUCGUGACGAAACUCAAUACGGAAUAUCUGCCGUUUUUGACGUGUUUGUGGAUCAAUCCGAGCGUUGUUGUCGUCGCGGGGCAUAGUUGCACGCCGUUACUCUUCUCGGCAGGCGAUAACAAGAUUACGUUCCUCGGAAAAUUGGAACAAGAUCAGAAAAAAGCUGGCGGAAACUUGUCGGCGAUGCGUCAUUUCCAGAAUUUGGAUAAACGAGCGGAAUCUGAGUCUGCGGAUACGGUUUUAGACUCGUUGCAUCAAAAUUCGAUCACUAAUUUGGUCAUUUAUGCCGGCGAUAAGGAGUCUACGAGCAAAAUUAGCACCUCUGGAUUGGAUAACCAAUUGAUUAUUUGGGAUUUGAAGACUCUUACGCGUUCCAUGCAAGGUCUUACUUUGAAUUAAACUUGAAAAAUUUCCAUUUUUCUGGAAAAAAAUUGAAAAAUUAAAUUUCAAAAUAUUUUUUA